UUUUAGUGGUGCGACCUCUAGCUCAAAACAACUGCCAUGCUCUUUCUCGAGAGCUCUCACUUGCUACAUAAGUCCUGGAAUCAACCCUGAUAGUUAACAUUCCUUGCAACUAAAGUUCUCACGAACCCACCCAAUUGCACUCCAAGAUGUCUUCCGAAUCACUCGCAGCUUUCCGCAAGAAUGCCAGCACAGACCUGCGGAAGCUCUCUGAAGAGCACCUGCAACAUGACCUCCAACAAUCCGACCGCGACACCCUCGAAAGUGCAGCCAAGAAAGUCUCCACCCACGCGACGAUUGGGUCUGCGAUAGGCAUCGGAUUGGGCCUAUUCCUCGCCAUCAGAAUCCGCACAGCGCGCAAGACGAUGUUCCAGGCUUUCCGCGCGACGGAGAAACCAAAAGCGGUGCAGUUUGCGGACGGAAGGACAGAGGCAAUCCCUGACCUAACACCCCUCCUACAACCUACUACCUUCGGCGACAUCGCGACCUACACUUUCUUCUCCGCUGGCGGACUGUUCCUUGGCGGCGAGACUGGAUUCCUGACGGGCUCAGCGUCAGCUGCGAGGAUGAUCACGUCGGAUCCGGAGUCGAAGAAGAGGAUUGAGAGCGCGUUUCGGAAAUAUAGGAUCGAUGUGUUGAAGAAGGAGAUCGACCAGCUGCAGGCGCAGGAUAAGGGCAGUGAUUCUGGCUGGAGAAUAUUCAACCAGGGUGAAAAUUAGAGGUUGGGCUAUGGUAUUGUAAUUGUGAGCGCUGUUUAAUGAUUAGGCGAUAUUGAAUGUGAGCAUGAAGUUGAUGGCCUUGUUUUCAAGAGUGCAUAGGAUCUGGGGGAUGCUGGAUGACAACGCAAUGUCACGCCGCUCUAUCACGCGGCAGUUUAAUUGUUCGUUACAUUGUAAUGAGUAUGCGAAGAAAACCGAAGUAGACCUAAAACUAAGUGCUACUAUGGUCUAGCCUGGGGGAAACGCCUGAGAAUCACGAAAUCAACGAUACAAGUCUAUAGCCUCAUUGAACAGUCUUCUCACAGCGUGUCUUUGACGACUCUCACGAUACUGUCCGCCAUACCUGCAAACCCCUGCCUUUGGGA